AAUAUGGUAAUCUGGGUGCUCCAAUUUUAUCUGAAGAUCAUGAACUUCCAAGUGCUGAAUGGUUUACACAGUUUCUAGAUCACUUUGAUCCAACUGAUGCGCGUGUUUGGCAACAGAGAUAUUUCGUAAACGUUAGGUUGGGGUUAGGUUGGAGAGCACUAUAAGAAAGGUGGUCCAGUAUUUUUGAUGAUAAGUGGUGAAGCUGCAGCAAAUGCUAAAUGGAUGGCAGAAGGUCAAUGGAUCGAAUAUGCUAAGCAAUUUGGAACGCUAUGUUUUCAAGUGGAACACCGCUUUUAUGGACAAAGUCAUCCUACUUCGGAUCUCGGCGUGAAAAAUUUAAUGUAUCUUUCAUCGCAACAGGCACUUGCAGAUUUGGCUUACUUUAUAGAAUUCAUGAAUAUUAAUUACAAGUUACCAGCUGGUACUAAAUGGAUUGCAUUUGGAGGAUCAUAUGCUGGAUCAUUAGCUGCUUGGUUGCGUAAUAAAUAUCCUCAUUUAGUACACGGGGCAGUUUCUGCUAGUGAUCCUUUAUUAGCAGAAAUUGAUUUUCAGGAAUACUUUGUUGUUGUUGAAAAUGCCCUCAAAGAAUAUUCUGAAGCAUGUGUAAAUGCAAUACUAGAAGCAAACAAACAAUUUCAUAUAAUGUUACAUCGUCCUAUCGGUCAACAAGGAAUAGCUAAAAAAUUUAUUUUAUGUGAUCCAAUCAACGAACAUACCAAACGUAAUGAUAUUUCGAAUUUGUAUGAAACAAUAGCAAGCAUCUUUGCUGGUAUUGUACAGUACAAUAAAGACAAUCGUAAUAAUUCCGCAAUGGCUAAUUUAACUAUCGAUAGUGCCUGCGACAUAUUAACGAACGAAACAUUGGGUAUUGCUAUUGACAGACUUGCAAUUUUGAGCACUAAAAUAUUACAAGCAUCAGAAAAAAAGUGUUUGGAUUAUAUGUAUAAUAAAAUGAUUCAUAAACUUCGGAACAUAACAUGGGCUAGCGAAGAAGCAGAAGGGGGACGUCAAUGGACGUACCAAACGUGUACAGAAUUUGGAUUCUUUCAAACUUCGACAGCACCCCCAAAAUUAUUUAGUGAAACUUUCCCAGUAGAUUUCUUUGUACAACAAUGCAUUGAUAUAUUUGGCCCAAGGUACAAUAUUCAUUUGCUGAAUUCGGCAGUGAAUAGAACAAAUAUUCUGUAUGGAGGAUUAGAUUUAAAGACUACAAAUGUAGUAUUUGUACAUGGAUCAAUUGAUCCUUGGCAUGUUUUGGGAAUUACAAAAUCAGCAAAUCCGCAAAUACCUGUCAUUUAUAUUGAUGGUACUGCUCAUUGUGCCAACAUGUAUCCUCCUUCCAAAAAUGAUCCACUUCAGUUGAAAGCUGCCAGAGUUGAGGUUGGACAUUUAAUAGAUGAAUGGCUGCAUAAUUAAAUAUGAUAUUUUUAACGCUGUGUGUGCUACAUUUAACUACUUUAUGAUAAGUAGUUUUUUAUUUUUUUAAACAAAAAUGAUGUAUUAAAAGAAUUAAAUUUAUCUUAUUAAC